AUGUCUUUGUUCUUGUCGUUAGCGGGAGCCUCAUCAUCAGUCCAUAUAUCCAAAGCCCUUCUUGUUCUAAUAGUCAUCCAGUGGAUUGUGUUUGCAAAACUAAGCAAGAGACCCACGAGCGCAACCCUUAUCGAGCGAAGGCACGGUGCAUCUGGCGUUCAAACCACAGUUUUUGAACCAGCGAAAGUACAAGCAAAAGUUACGCAGGUCGACAACGAGUGCAAAAGUUUUGCACCUAUUUCCGAAGUUAUGAACCAAGAAAGCGAGCCAGAGAUUGAUGGUGUAGCCUUUAUGAUUCUGAAAAAGAGACCAUAUUGGUUUUUCAAGCGCUACAACGCGCUGCUCGACAGUGCUCUUGCGACAGUCCCGAACACCUGGGCCAUUCAGCUUUUUGUCAAUCAAGACUGGUUCGAAAACACGCUAUUGCCUAAUCAAUACGGCGUCCGGCGUCACGUGCUAGAUAAUCCACGAGUGAUUGUCAAGGACUUGCCGCUUAGAUUGCAAAACAAUAAACCGGGUCCAAUCACAGAAGAUCGCUGGAUAUGGGACAAUAUCGUCAAUGCCACAACUGCCACAACCGAGACGACGGACUACUUCCCUGUUGUUCAUUUUCACGGGGGCGGAAGUUUUUGUGCAAAUUCCAAAAUGUCCUAUGCGGAUCUCCGGAAUGCUCGAAUUGACUUCAUUGGACCACCUUCGACAACUUUUGGUGGGAUGGGUGGACUGGGAGGAGGCUACUUCUACCAAAAUCGCUAUGCCGCACUGGCAGUCUACGAUUAUUCGAAGCGCAGUCACCUCUCAUCUGACGAUCAUAUACGGAUAAUGUUGGACAUGACUCGAAAAGGUAUCGCUAACUUUACGAUAGCAACACCGGAACAGACGUUUGCCUUUGGUGGAACAAGUAACCUCGAUUCAGCAGAGGGCCGUCUAUUGACUAACUUGACUGACUGGGGGCCUAUGGUCGUUGAGGGCGUCCAAUACGACAUUUCCCGAGAGGCCCGUGAGCACAUUUGGAAAGUAUGCCCUGAAAGUAAGAAUUUUUAUCCGGGCGUGACACGCACGGCAUGUGUCGGGGACCAUGUGGAUCCGAUUUCCUGUGCCAGAGCAUACAACAUCUUGCCCGUCAACUGCAGUAGUGGGAGCGAAGCGAGCUUGCCUUGA